AUGGUCCGCAGGAUCGCCUCGCAGGUGCACAAACAGGCUGCGCGCCUCAUGCGCGUCGGUUACCUCAAGCAGGAGCCCGUCUGGUUCCAGGCCGUCCUCGACCACCCUCCACUCUCCCUGCCACCCAAGGCCCCUCCAGCUCGCCCAGACCAUGAGCGUAAGCUUGAACGUCGCCGCAUCAACCCCUCGACUACUCUCCGCCCUCCGAAAAAUAGCCCUCUCCCCAUAUUCUACCUAGAAGACGAAGUCCGACGCCAAUUCUUCCGCGACCACCCCUUCGAAUCCUUCCGCGCCAUCUCUCUUGUCGAAGACGCUAAUGUUGAGAGCGAACAUCCAAUACAAGGGAAGGAAUGGACUAGGCUCAGGCAAAGAGGAAGGAACCCGUCUGCUGAAGAUGCCAUCCGUUUUGCUGUCAACCUUCACCAGAACCACGACAUGUCUCUCAGCAGCGCGUACGCUCGCGCUGUAGCCCAAUUCCGCUCAUUACGCGCAGAGCACGAAGCCGCUACGUCUGCAGCCAAGAUGGAAGCGGAGGCAUAUGGUACCAUCUUCCCUUCGGAGACGGACAGAUCAUUCGAGAAGGAGGAGAAGCAGCUCUACUCUGAGGCCGACCAAAAGGCACUUGACAGAGGUGCCCUCAUUGCCCAGAAGAGGUGGAAGGCAAUUCUGGAUGUUCAGUCCGGCAUGGGUGGAUGGAGUCGCGGCCAGGACUAUAUGAGCUUGUGGCAGCAAGGCGUCCGUCCCAGCUUCACACAGGUGCCGGAUGGAGCACUCGGGACCUCCGAGAUGCUCCAGGAGGAAGAGCGGCUCAAAAUCCAGGCAGAGCGAUCUUCACGACCUCCGGUAGACCAGGUCGACUUUAUGGGCGUAAGAAGGACGACACAAUGA